GGGCUCCUCUCGGGACCGGAGAGUGGGGAUGCUUUGCGGGCUUUUCGGGCAGCCAGGAGUUGAAGAUUACAGAGUUUUGCUCAGUUUCCCCCUGUCUCCCUGCUAGCGCCAAACCCAGAGCAGAAGCCUUCUGGAACAAGGAGAAAUGGCGUCCGCGGACGUGGACAGCUGCAGCCAAAGCGAGUAUCUGCAGCCCGGCGGCGUUGCGGCGGACUCACAGACGACAGACAUGUCAGCCAUUCAGCUAACGGGUUCGGACCGAUGGGAGGUGUUAACUCCCGUCUCCACUGGAAAGGAAGACCAGGGAAUCAUUCACAUUCAAAACUCUGGGAUUGUCACUUCCAAUGGGCAGUAUGUGCUUCCAAUUGGGAGUAUGUCCAACCAGCCCAUUUAUGUUACAGCAUCUGGGAAUGAGACUGCAGCCAAUGGCGUGUCGGGAAUUCAGUAUCAGGUCAUACCCCAAAUCCAAAAUUCAGAUGUUACACUUGCGGGAUUCCAAACACAGGGACUGGAUGACGGUACAGGGCAGAUCCAGCUCCUACAAGAUGGCAGCCAGGGCAGCAUCGGAAUCAGCUGUGCCACGACGACGGCGGACCUGGGCCAUGUGCAGUCGAUCCAAGGCGUCCAACUGGCUGGAGGAUCAGCGUACACGGGCGCUCUACCGGGCAACAUCACGUUCGUCCCUUUAAACAGCUUGGAUCUGGAGUCUUUAGGACUGACCGGAGCGCACACGGUCCCCAUUGCAACCGGGGUAACAGCCGAAGGUCAGCUGAUCAUGAGCGGCCAGACGCUGGACAGUCAGGGUCAGGACGCUGGCGGCGGCAAACAGCAGCUGGUCACGGUGAGCGACGCCAGCGGAAACCAUGAACUCUACGUGCCAACCUCCACGUCCUCCUCCAACUCGUCCAAUCUCCCCGAGACCAUCGACGGCACAGGGGUCCUGACCCAAGCCACCGCCGUGUCCGCAGGCAUCUCUGACCCCUCGUCCUCGGCAAACUACAACUCCCACAACCACCUGCAGCAAAUCCAGGUUUCAUCCUCGAACGCCACCACUCUCUCACAGCCCAUCUUGCAUCUGUCUGGGGACGGUCAGGCCCAGGUGGCCCAGGUGGCUCAGGGUCAGGACAUGAACGCAGCAGGAGGUCAGACUCUUCAGAGUGUGCAGCUGGUCAACCCGGGGACUUUCCUCAUCCAGGCCCAAACCGUCACCGCGACCGGACAGAUUCAGUGGCAGACCUUUCAGGUUCAAGGUGUUCAGUCACUCCAGGGGCUCCAGCUGCCCCAGGGCCAGGGUCAGGCACAGCAGCUGACCUUAGCCCCAGUGCAGACUCUUCCUCUGGGCCAGACCGGCCAGGUGAGCCUACCCAACCUCCAGACAGUCACGGUGAACUCUGUAACGCAAAGUGGAGUUCAGUUCACACAGGGGGAUGGAGCGAUCAGUCCAGGUAUCCAUAUAAAGGAAGAGCCGGACUCUGAGGAGUGGCAUCUGAGCGGAGACUCCACGCUGAACCCCAGCGACCUGAACAACCUGCGUGUUCAGAUGGCGGACGACGACAUGGACAUGGCGGGCGGGGAGGGGAAGAGGCUCCGUAGAGUGGCCUGCACCUGCCCCAACUGCAAAGAGUCUGGAGGAAGAGGUUCCGGCAUGGGGAAAAAGAAGCAGCACAUCUGCCACAUCGCCGGCUGCGGGAAGGUUUACGGGAAAACGUCUCACCUGCGAGCUCACCUGCGCUGGCACAGCGGAGAGAGACCCUUCGUCUGCAACUGGAUGUUCUGUGGGAAGAGGUUCACCCGGAGCGACGAGCUGCAGAGACACAGGAGGACACACACAGGAGAGAAGAAGUUUGUGUGCACAGAGUGCGCCAAGAGAUUCAUGCGGAGCGACCACCUGGCCAAGCACAUAAAGACUCACCAGAAUAAAAAAGGUGGGGUCCCCUCCACGUCCCCGCCCACCACUGACACCCUCAUCACUGCCGACGGAACCACGCUAAUCCUCCAGGCCGCCACCCAUGACCUCGUAGGCAAUCAGGAGAUCCAGCUGGUCACGGUGGCGCCUGCUGAGGUCAUGGAAUAAGGGGGCCAAUGGGGUGAGAUUUUUUUUUUUAAAUUUUAUUUUUGAGAACUGGCCUAUCACAGGGACCUUUUGGGCUACUUUUCCCUUUUCCCUUUUUUUCUUUUCUUUUCUUUUUUUUUUUUUUUUUUUUUUUACAUAUGAAUAUAUACGUAAAUAUAUAUGACAAAUAUAUAUAUUUUAAGUAAGAGUUAUCAUGACUUUAUGUUUGUUUUUGCAGUCUUUUUAUAGGCAGGCAAAAAAAUAACAUUCAAAUGUGGUCGCUAUGUACACGCGUCAACACACACACACACACACACACACACACACGAAAACAUGUAUUAACACUUGACAUGAAUACUCAACACAAUGAAAUGCCUUAUUUUGUAUCAUACUCUUGUAUAAAAUGCUGGAGGUGCAUGUGUUUUUUAAGCUUUGCAGAUGAUGUAACUGUAACGGAUAUUAAUGUGUUUGUGAAAUGGAGAUGAUGAGGAGGAGGAGGAGGAGGAGGAGUUUCUGACCGAGAAAGAAAAGGAAGUGGCUUAACCUCUCUGGGAUUAUUGAAUUUUUCUGUCGGGUGAGUUUUGACAGAACUGAGCGCGGUUUGUUUGAAGCAGCACUCCAUCCCGGCUGAACUGUCACACUGCUGCUGCUGCUGCUGCUGCUGUCACCACAAAUGAUCUUUAUAAUGUCAUCAUAACGCAGAAUGUUUGGACAUUUGUCUUCUGUCCAGCAGCUGGCAGAGAAGAAUGACACCUCUUGUGUUUGAUAAACUACUGGUUAGCUUAGCUUAGCACAAACACUGCUACACCGACUCUUUUCACAAAUCUGACUUUAACCUCAAAAGCUCAUGAUAUAUAUCUUUUUGUAGCUCAGUUUUAUUUCAGCAGAACAAAAACUAAGAUUUUCAGCUAGAACACCAGGGGGGCUGCAGGACGUUUUUGCUCCCAGCCGAGAAACAGUCCCGUACAUAUUCCUCUGUAGAAGAGCAAAUAGACUCUUUCAUUUCAGGGUGUGUAGAGAUUAAAAAACUACUGUAGGUACAAUGUGUGAACUAAAGAAGCGUCAGCGUAUUUUAGAAAGAGCCAGGCCAGCUGACCACUCCCCUCACUGUUUUCAGUCUUUAUGGUAAGCUAAGCUAAUCCGUCAUACUUGGUGCACAGAAAUGUGAGCGGUGUCGAUCUUCUCCUCAAACUCUGCGACAAAGCGAAUGAGCUGGUUUCCCCAAACUUUUCAGCAGCGGUCACCCGAUCACUGACAGUCGACAUGAGGGUGACGCUGAUGUCACGCAGUGCUGCUUCAAGCAGAGCGGGCUGUUCGGCUGGCGGUCAGCGCAGGACGUCAGUACCACUGUUAAACUGAUCUGAAGGUGAUGUUUUUCCGUCAUCGAGUUCGGGUUGGGUGUGGGGUGGGGUGGGGUUGGUGGAAAUAGAUGCAGUUUCUUCCAGCAUCGGGUCAGUCUGAACAGAAUGUCUCGUCUGUCCUCACGAGCCCCGCUGUCCACUGUGUUUGUACACGUCGAGUUAUUGUUUCCCCGCUCCUAUUUUGUUGUAAAUUCACUUUUUUUUUUUUUUUUUUCUUUCCGUCUGUUUGACAAUGUAAGUGUCGCAAAAUCGAAGCGAUUUUAAAGAAUAGAGGUUACCUCUGCAGGUGUUCUGUCGUUGUCAGCCGCACAUGGUUUGCAGCAGAACAUGCACCGAUGUUGCCGUGAGAAGAGAAAACCCACAAACGGAUGCAAAAACGAUACCAUCGGACCCCUCGAGGGUGUUUGUGAUUGAACAUUCCAGUUGGGAACCAGACGACGUGGGGUUUGUUGUUUUUUUUUUUGCAGUAACUGCUCUGAUGGUUCUUCUGGUCAGAUAUCACUCAAGUUAAAGGAAAACAAUCAUGCCAUUAUUAUUAUUUUUUUUAAUUAAUGUAACCCUUUCCUCAGUUUGUCCUCAUGUGUGUAGCAUUCAUUUACAUGUAUAUUCUCUUAUUUUCACAUUUUGUUUAUAGAAGCCAUUACUUAGUUAACUGAAUUUGUUGUAUCAAAAACCUUAUUUUAAGUGAUUUUUUUAAAGAAAUGGUGUAAAAAUUGAAUGUUACCUUUUGUAAAAGCUUUUUUCAAAUGGAUCACAAUAAAAGUCUGAAACCUUCCA